AUGGAUUUCUUUGGUCAACGUGACAUGCUGAGAAUAGCAUCCAAGACGGACGCUUCGGUGACAGUAGCUGGAAAUUUCGACCCUGCUACCCGACAAAUUUGCAUGGCUCUUUGCUGCAACGAUAGAUUGACGGCAAAUAGCCCCUCAACUAUUCACAAUUCGACUCUCAGCAUCAAUAACACGGUUGAGGUGUCUCUUCGGUCCCUGUCAUGCCAUAGAGCUGACAAUGAAUUCUUCUUCGCGCGCGCCUGGGGCAAUUUACGAAUGAACCCCCAUGGCUACAUGCAAUAG